UUUCACGCAAUGAGUUGCAAAGUGUGAAAAUGACGUACUGGGUUGGUCUUCGGAAGCUUAAGAGUUUAUCCUUAUCCCAAAAUUUCAUCACAAAACUUGACACAACGUCCUUUGGAAAUAUCAGCACACUGCACAAAUUAGACCUGCAUGCAAAUAAAAUAAGAGUAAUUGACGCAGAUGCAUUUUUUGGGCUGUCUAAUUUGGAAUCGCUAAACUUCAAAAUGAAUGAGUUGAAAAAGACAACCAAAGCGGUUUUUGAGCCCUUGGUCUCCCUGGAGUAUAUCUACUUCGACGACUUUCAUUUGUGCUCUUUGGCGCUGCAUGUACGAGUCUGUGAGCCCCGUGGAGACGGUAUUAGUAGCAUUGCCCAUUUACUGGACAGCCUAGUGCUGCGGGUCAGCGUAUGGCUGGUGGCCGUGGUGGCAGGUUUGGGCAACAUCGCUGUCCUGGUAGGUCGCUUCCUCUUCGCUGAGCCCAAUGAGGUGCAUUCAUUCUACAUCAAAAACUUGUCACUGGCAGAUUUGCUCAUGUCUGUCUACUUGUUUAUCAUCGCCGCGUACGACCUCGUUUUCCGAGGGCAAUAUAUCCACCAUGAGACUAUGUGGAGACACAGCUGGCAGUGUAACCUUUGCGGAUUUCUCUCCACAUUAAGUAGCGAGUCUUCGAUUCUGAUACUCGCUGUCAUCACAACGGACAGGUAUAUGUCUAUCAUUCAUCCACUGUCGGUGAAAAAGCGCACCCUGCAGUCAGCAUCUGCAGCUAUGGCGACAGCAUGGGGUGUCGCAGUUUUGUUUUCGGUUUUGCCACUUUUGAACAUUGAAUACUUUGGUGACGAGUUUUAUGGUAACAAUGGAGUCUGCUUACCUCUGCACAUACACGAUCCUUUCGGACAGUCUUGGGAAUAUUCGACGUUCAUCUUCUGUGGUCUCAACUUCGCCGCUUUUUUGUUCAUCAUGUUUGCCUACAUUUCCAUGUUCUUUACAAUAUCUCACUCCAAGAUUGGACUGCGAUGCACCCAGCAGCAACAAGACCGCAAUAUAGCGAAGAGAUUUGCGUUCAUUGUUGCCACCGACUUUCUGUGUUGGGUUCCUAUUGUGUUCAUAAAAGUCAUUGCUAUGGGAGGUGUUCCUAUUCAAGAAGAUUUAUACGCUUGGGUGGCUGUGUUUCUGCUACCUGUGAAUUCUGCCAUCAAUCCUAUUCUUUACACAUUGACUACAAAACUCUUUAAGCAGCAUUUGGCCAAGAUGGUGUACAAUUUUAAAGCCUCGACAGCAGGAUCUGGCGAUAGUGUAACGCCGUCUUGUGCCAGAAAUCACAGUUUGAGGAGCCACAAAGGUUCCUUUUCCCAGGCGGAUCACAACAAUAUAGCUCUGGUGAUGAACAGGGGCUGUCCAGAAUGUCGUCACCCAAAUGUUUCCAGGAACAAGAGCUCUGCGCACAUAGAAUGCAGGCGGAAUUCGAGCAAGCGCCGCACCUCGACAACCAAUGUCGUCUGAAAACAAACAUUGCCACGAACUGGCGAACAGUCACAGUUUGUAUAUAAGUCAUUGUAAAGUUUAAAUGAAUAUGUUAUUGAUGUUGUUAAUAAUAAAUUUUAUCGUCCAAA